UUAUUUUUUCGGCAAUACACGCCAGUCUUCAUAGGUGACCAUCUUUCAACAUUGCAUUGCAUUAUUUGGGAAACAAAGGCCUUGAAAUUAAUACUUGUACUUUGGCGUGAAUUUAUUAAGGAUUUUAUAGAUUAUAGACUGAGAAGCUUUCAUUAAUAAGGCCGCUCGGAUGACGUCUCAGAUAUUGCGCCCCUUGCUGUUCUCUCUAAUAAUUCUGACCCAGUUCUUGGACACAGCCGGGGUAGAGAGAUACGGGACAAGUUGUAUACGAUACAAGACGUCGGAACUUCCGGACAUAAGCUCUGUGCUUGGGACGGACAGAUACUGCCAAAAACACGAAAACCACCAUUACUGUAAACUAUGGGCAUGCGUAAAGACUACCCCAGACUGCACACAAAAACGUCCAGGGAAUAACUGUUUUUAUUGUGAAGGUACCUGUAACAUCGGGGGUCACAUAGUGAAGCUGGGGGACCGGGUGUCCCACCCAGACGGCGUGAACGUGUGCACGUGCGGGGCAUACAACCACGUGAGCAACUGCACGGACGUUCUGCCGCCUCUAAAGAGAAUCUGCGGCGGAGAACAGGUCCAACAAUUACGUCACACAGCGUCACAAGGCAGACGAGUGCUGCCAUCAUUGCUUAGACCACAUGGACACCACGUCCAUAGGACCAUUAAGCGACCACCAUUCUCGAUCCCCUUACUCAAAAUCACGCAGCCGGUCAUCAAAAUCCCAUUAGUCAGGAUCCCCCCGCCCAGGCUGGUGCCUGUCAUUAGUCCGGGGUCUGCUGUGGUCCCCACUCAGAGGCUUUUGAUCCCCCUCGUACCUGUUAGAGUCACGGCCCCCGCACGUCAGCCCGGGAAAUAAAGGAGUUGGUGCACGGCGGAUCAAACACACAGAACACAAGACAGUAUAUACACAUGUCUGUUAUUUGUUUGUCAUGCUGGCGUGUGACUUCGUGUGACUUGAAAAGACGUCAUAGACUUGAGUUGAAUCUACCGCAUUUGGUGUUCCAUGUUAACUCUGGUAACUCACGGACUCCAGGAGAAGGGGUUCAGCAAUUAAAGUACAUCAAUAGUGAUGAAUUGUGUUUAAAAACAGUCUAUUUAUAAAAUUUUUUAGGGAAGGGGAUUAAAGUACAUAUAAUGAAAACAUAUCAAUAGUUGAAUAAUUAAUGUAAAGAAACAAGGCUAUAUAAGAAAAAGAGUAUGAAUGAUUGCACCAAAGUCAAUACUAGUAAAUGAAUCCUGCAUCGAGAAAUAAAAGGACAUAAAACAGA